GUUCUCCACCAGCUUCGCCUACUACGGCUUGGCCAUGGACCUCCAAAACUUUGACUUCAACAUCUACGUGAUCCAACUCAUCUUCGGGGCCGUGGACUUCCCGGCCAAGCUGGUCUCCAUCCUCACCAUCACCUUCGUCGGGCGACGUUUCACCCAGUCCGUUGCCCUCAUCCUGGCCGGUUUGGCCAUCUUGGCCAACAUCUUGGUGCCGCGAGACCUGCGGACGCUUCGGACUGUCCUGGCCGUCUUCGGGAAGGGUUGCUUGGCCGCGUCCUUCAACUGCGUCUACCUCUACACGGGUGAGCUCUACCCCACCGUUAUUCGGCAGACGGGUAUGGGGUUGGCCAACACCAUGGCCCGUCUGGGCAGCAUCACGGCCCCCUUGGUGAAGAUGGUGGGCGACGUCUUCCCCGCCUUGCCCUUCAUCAUCUACGGGGCGGCCCCCGUGGUGGCGGGGUUGGCGGCCAUC